GGAGAGCGUGAGGUUGGCUGAGGUUUUAUUGAGCUUGGUAUUUUAUCACCAAGAGCACCAGACAUAUGACCACAUGCACCGGUCAAUGCGCUGUCACAGAGCAGGCAAACUGACAGCUAAAUAUCAUGGCAGCUGGUUUCUGACUCAUUACAGCCCCCCUUCAGAGAGAGAGAAGCGUGAGGCGAAGGCACAAAAGCAGAGAACUGCAGAUACAGAACCCCAGAAGGAAAGAGAGACAGCAUGAGUGUGCAUGCUGAUGGGGAUAGGAGCGUGUGGAGCUACAGAGCUGCAGAAUCCUGAAUCCAGCAGAUGGAGACUCCGUGUCCUUGUUUUGUGGUGAUCUGUGGGAGCAACAUGCAGCUCGCGCCGCUGCCUCGCACUGCUGCAGUGGAGGAGUAAAUGCAGAGCCCAUCACUGCUCCAGGUGAUCCACAGCAGCCCAGCCCGGCAGACUGCUCCCUCCUCAGCCUUCCCUCUCCUCCUCUUCCUCCUUCUCCUUCUCCACCUCCACCUCCUCCUCUUCCUCCUCCACCUCCUCUUUCUCCUCCUCCUCUUCUUCCUCCUAUGUCAGUGCUCCAUUUCUCUGAGGGCUUUGGGAAGAAAAAACAAGAAAGGAACAGAAAAACAGGGGAGAAAUCCUGCUUUCCCCUCCGUUCUCAGAUGUGACACACCUCUGCAUGACAGUCCGCUGCUUCCCUAUCACCGUGUGAAGACGCACCGCAUAUGUGCUCCAAUGUCUCCGGAACAUAGACUCGCAGCAAGACCAGAAGUAUUCAUCUUGGUCCCGCUCUCGAAAAUUCAAUGAAGGCAGACGCCUCCCUCCAGCCAGGAACAUGAAGGGCUUAUCGGGCAGCCGUUCCCAACACCAGAUUCCUUUACCCCAUGGCUUGGACUACGACCCCCAUGUCCAUGACCUCCACACUCACCAUGGCUCUGAAUCCCGCCACUCGUCCUACCUGCUCAGUCCCACAGAAAGCUGCCCCAUGGACUUCCACCACCGCUACUCACCUCGCAGCUCCAUCCACUCUGACUGCAUGAUGAUGUCCCCUGUCAUGAUGCCUCCAGCUGCUGCAUCGGACCACAUCUCCAGCAGCACCUUCCCCAGAAUGCACUACAGCUCCCAGUAUUAUGACUCAGCCACACGGGAUGACUGCGCUGCCAUCACAGCUUCUGCCACCUCUCCAGCUGUUGCUGCUGCUGCGGCUGCGGCAGCUGCAUCCUCCCACCAUGCAGGCACCAAGAGCAACCGCCUUCCAGCUAACCUACUGGACCAGUUUGAGAAACAACUGCCACUACACCGCGAUGGCUUCCACACGCUACAGUACCAGCGCACCUCCACCACUACUGAGCAACGCAGUGAGAGUCCUGGCCGUAUCAGACACCUUGUUCAUUCUGUUCAGAAGCUUUUCACCAAGUCCCACUCCCUGGAGGGAUCAUCCAAGAUGAAUGGCACAAAAGGUGAUAUUGUAGGAGGUGGAGGAGGAGGAGGCUAUUACCAUCAUGGUCACCACUCCACCAAACACGGUAGCAAGAGGAGCAAGAGUAAAGAACGUAAGCACCGCUCUGGCGGCUGGUGGAGCUCAGACGACAACCUGGAUAGUGACAGCACCUACCGCACACCCAGUGUCAUGUCACGACACCAUGGGGAACAUGUCAGCCACUGCUACCCAGAUUCCAUGCACAGCCACCACUUUGGAGACCUGUCACUCAAGACCUCUAAGAGUAACAAUGAUGUCAAGUGUUCAGCCUGUGAGAGCAUGGCCAUGGCUCCUGAGGGCAAAUUCAUGAAGAGAAGCUCCUGGUCGACACUAACGGUCAGCCAGGCCAAGGAGGCAUAUCGGAAGUCAUCACUUAAUCUAGAGAAACCCAUCAUGCACAUGGAUCACAAGCCUUUGCGGACAUGCCACUACCUGCAGGUGCCCCAGGAUGAGUGGAGUGGAUACCCAGGUGAGAAAGAUGAGGAGAUCCCAUGUCGGCGGAUGCGAAGUAGCAGCUAUGUCAAAGCUAUGGGAGAGGUGGAUGAUGAGAGCGGGGACUCUGACACCAGUCCUAAGACCUCUCCACAGAAGGCCAUUCGGCCGGAUGCUCUUGUCCUGAAAUCAGCCAUGCAGAGACACCAUUUAGACUCCCACAGCCAGGGCUACCACUUGCAAACCACAAGAGAUAUGCGGCCUCAUCCUAGUGUCACACUGGACCCUGCCGCCUUUCAUCCCCCACCCUUCCGCUCUCGCAACCAGAGCUAUAUGCGCGCCGUCAGCACCCUCAGUCAGGCUAGCUGCGUCAGCCAGGUGAGUGAGACUGAGAUCAAUGGCCAGUUUGAGUCAGUUUGCGAGUCCGUUUUUAGUGAAGUAGAAUCCCAGGCCAUGGAGGCCUUGGACCUGCCUGGUUCGUUCCGCACUCGAAGCCACAGUUACCUCCGUGCAAUUCAGGCUGGUUAUUCCCAAGAUGACGACUGCUUGCCUUCAAUGACAUCCUCCACUGUCACUUCAACUCUCAGAUCCACAACAGGCGCCCGUAGCUUAGCUGGGGGGCGUAGAGAGUACGGUAGGUCUGGGAUUCAGUUUCGUCUCCCUACUUCAUGCAGUGUGGACCGAGCUCAUCCACCUCCAGCGGUAUCAUAUCCUCCCAGUUACAAGAAGACACCACCUCCUGUGCCCCCGCGCACCACCACCAAGCCUCUUAUCUCUGUGACAGCCCAGAGCAGUACAGAGUCCACCCAAGAUGCCUACCAAGAGGGCAGGCAUCCACGUGGCGGUCUGUGGACCACGGAUAGCCUCGGCCGUCCCAUCUACAGUUCCAUGGACAGCCUAGACAGCACCAAGGCGGUCACCAUGGCUAUGGAGUCAGCAGCAGGCAAGAGGCAUGCAUCUUUAGGCAGCCAUACCUCCGUUCAGACAUGCGACAAAGCAGUGCUGGUGUCCAAGGCCGAGGAGUACCUCAAAACCCCACGUUCCUCUAUUGGGAUACAGGUGGAAACUGUCACAGACUCUGAGACUGAGAGUAAAGGCCUUCCUCAGUUCCAUUCUAUAGGGAUCCAAGUGGAGGAUCAUAAACGGCAUGGACGGUUCAAGCGCUCUAAUAGUGUGACUACUGCAGUGCAAGCAGACAUGGAGCUGGAGGGCUUUCCCUCUAUGGAAGACAAAGGUUUGCAGUUUGGUGGCGGUUUUGGCCGUCACUCUGAGCCCAGCACACCAACACAGUAUGGAGCCAUCCGUACGGUGCGCACACAGGGUCUGUUCAGUUACAGGGAGGACUACCGGCCUUCCAGUGGGUCGCCCACCCCACAACCUGAACCCUGGCUGGUCGAACCGAGCCUGGAGAGCACUGAAGCAGGCCGAGUGUCCCCCCUUCGCAGGGACGGCAGCUGGUUUAUGCAGCUCCUUCACAAUGAAACCAAGCGGAUGGAGGGAUGGUGCAAAGAGAUGGAGACAGAGGCAGAGGAGCAUGACCUGUCAGAGGAGAUCCUAGGAAAAAUACGAAGUGCAGUUGGAAGUGCUCAGCUACUAAUGUCUCAAAAGUUUCAGCAGUUUUACUGGUUAUGCCAGCAGAAUCUGGACCCCAGUGCCAUGCCUAGACCCACAUCUCAGGACCUGGCUGGAUUCUGGGACCUUUUGCAGCUUUCCAUCGAUGACGUCACUGCCAAGUUUGAUGAGCUGCAACAGAUCAAGAGCAACCAGUGGCAGCUAGUGGAGAGCCCAGAGAAGAAGGAGCGGAAGUGGCCACCACCUCUGCCAAAGCGGCCAUCCAAGGGGCGUGGCGGUGUGAUGCGGGAGCGCUCUCUGGACCUUCAGGACCGCCAGCGGCAGGAAGCCCGCAGACGCCUCAUGGCAGCCAAACGGGCAGCUUCUUUCAGACAGAACUCAGCCACCGAGAGGGCAGACAGCAUCGAGAUCUACAUCCCUGAAGCCCAGACACGGCUUUGAGGUCCACAGAUUCAUCCUCAGCUCCUCUUGUCCACCUCCGUCCAUCACCAGCCUGUGGCGCCACAUUCAGCCGCCUGGCACUGUCAACUACAGUCACUGCUCAUCCACCAUUAUAUCUGUUGCCGUUCUCUGGCUCGUCCCUUCUGAAGCUACACUAAGCAAAGAUUUCAGUGGAUUUAAUCCUUUUUAAUCAGCCUAAAUAAGAAUAGUGAAGAAUGCUGUGAUGUUCCCUCAGUGUAAAGUUAAUACAGUCAGGUUUCUACAAUAUUUUCUAAAUUAAAAAUUUGGUUAAAGCCCAGACUGUUUCCAGAGCAGUCAGCACUGGACACCAGAGCAGUUCUCUUUAGUCUUUCUGGUAUUCUUUGGCCAUCUAAUCUGUUUAACACUGAGCUGAUUUGUGUAUAUUUGAGAAACAAAAUGAAAACCAUUGACAUAUCUCUGCCACCUGGAGAUGCUAACAUGUAAAUUUGCCUGGUGUAGCUUUAAGACUGGAGAGGAAAACAGGUUGUGUACCAUGAGAAUGAGCUAAUACAUCCCAGAACAAAUGUCAAACAAACUACAAAUUUAGUGAUUUUUUUUUCAUUACCAUUUCUUGGUCUUGUCUCAUUGUGGCCAUCGCCCUCACUAGCCACAUUCAGAGAGAAACACAAAGUGCAACUUUUCUCUCAGCAGCAACGGUGGUCUUCAGCUGACGCGCCCAAAGUAAUGGAACAGUGGCAGUAAAGACUGAUGUUUCUUACGCUGACAUACCCUAGCAACAUGGACAAGCUUAUAAAAACAAAUGGUUUUUUUUUUUAACUCAAUUCAUUUACAUUUAAACUUUCAGUAAUGUUUUAUUUGGAUGUAUCUGAAGCAAUGUAAAGGUUGUUUUAUUUAUUUAUUUAUUUAUUUUCUGUUUAUGAUGUCAAAGUAGACUGGUAGUAUAACAUGUUUGACAGAUGCUCCAUAUCUCUCUGUUUAUAUCUCUUCUAUGUCAUAGUUCCGUCUUUAACCAUUCAUGCUGCAGCUGUUGACCAGUGUUGCUGACUGAGAUCCAAAAAUUAAGGCUAAAACUUCUAGACCAUCAUUUACUCAUUUUCAUUCCUAUAAUAUCAUACUGUUGUAGGACUAAAUAUUUUUGAGAUAAAUACAUUUUUUGCUGCUGGAUACAUUUCCAUUGCAGAACAAAUAUGAAUUAUUAACAAAAGACAGUUUUGUGUAUCCUGGGAGAGGUGACUGUAUUGAACAAUGCAUUUUGCACCUUAUAAUAUUCAUGUUUGUAUUUCCAAGGGAAAUGUAGUUUAUGAAGCUCAUGUGAUACUGUUGCAGUUGAAUUGCAAGGACAGAUAUGGAAACUUUACUACAGAAUUUCAUAUUACUCUAUAUGUCAUAGAAAUUGCAUCUCGGGUCAUUUUGUUUUCAUUUCUCUCUGAUGGCAUUCUUGCCUCUAAUAAGUAAAACCUUGUGAUUCUAACACUUUUAAUUCUAAUUACAGUAUCUAUCAUAUGAUCGACAUUAUGAUCUACAGUAUACAUUUAGUAUUUAUAGUUCAAACAGUUGUUGGUUGAUUUGACAGUGCAUCUGUCCUGGUAAUUAAGGGGUAUUCUUUAGCUAACAAACCAUAUCUCAUAACACACUGCAUCUGACCUUUUUAUCAAGUGGCGCAAAAUGAAAACACUUCUGUUCUUGUUUUGAUCUGCUCACGUAGUCUAGGAAAGACAGGUGCAAAUGACACUUUAACAAUAUUCAGUUACUAUAGUAAAUGGUGCUGCUUUUUACUCUAAAACUGUUGUCCUUUACCCAGUCCUAUGUGCACGCACACACACACUCAAGGACUUUUUAAAUAGAGAUUUAUUAACAUGGUGCCCACUGUCUCUCCAAUGACUUGCGGUAGAUUGUGACUUUAGAAAUGAUCAUCUUUGCAAUGCCCUCAGUGAUGAAAAUGAGGAGAAGGUUUUAUGGUUGAACUUCCUUUCUGAAAUGCAAAGAGGUCAGAGAUAUCUGUGAAUCAGAUGAGAGAGAUUCCAGGCUGUGACAUUCCACCAACCUUAAAGUAAAACCUAAUAUGCCCACCCUGAGCCAGGGGCAUACUGCUACAGCUAGCUGAGAGGACAUCAUGGUACCUUUUUUAUAUUCCCUAAAAACCUGAAUGCAUGCCCAUUCAUCCUCCUUUGCCAAUCUAACCCUAGCUAAUUGUUGCCACUAUUGAUAUGGCCACUAGAAUUUUGCUGCAGUAAAGACAGUGUUGGUUUCCUGUUUAUUAGAAUGACACUUAGUAGUGGAGAGCAGUCUGUGUACUGUCAAGACUGUGUGAGGCUGUGAAACUUGCUCUUGCUGAGGGACUAUGAUGGAUUUAUUUUCCUUGCACUGAGGCUUUAAUUGUCUGAGCUGAGCUAUAUAAGUUUUUAAAGGGUGUACAUCAGUGCCAAACUUAACCAAAUGGCCUUAACCAAAACACUCUUGAAUGUAGAGCCCCCACAGAUGCAAAAAAACACAAAAUAAAGAUCCCAGGAGGUAAACAGUGGCUACAGUUCCAACUAAAUUAGACAUGUUUUGUUCAAUAUUAUUUUAAUUUUGCUCAUCUAUAUUUAGCUUUUUCCUAUUUAAUGUAUUUAGUUUCAAGAUGAGACUGGGCACAAAAAUAAUUAUAAAGAAAAACAGUAAAGGAGACACAUAUUUUUACACUAUUUUUUAAGUGAAGAUAUCCCUGACUUUCACAUUAAAUAGAGAAAUAUAUGCCUAUACUGAAAUUUGCAAACAUGAAUUCAAUUCAAAAUACAUUUUUCUUGUUUCAUUGCAUGUGAAAACUGAAGUCUUAGUAAGAUCACUUCAUGCAGGUUCCUAGAAAUAUUACAUUGCAUAAAGUGAAAAUAUGAGCAGGUGGUGCCCAUUUAGAAGAAUAGAACUGGAUAGAAAAGAUCCAUGAGCAGAAUGUAAACUACAACCAAUAUUUCCUGAUACACUGAGAAUUAUACAGGCAGAAUUAGUAACUUGAACAAUUUCUUUUGUAUUUCCAAGUACAUGUACAUGCACCACUAAAUAUGACACAUCCUUUAAACUAAAUUUGGUGUACGUAGUUCAGUUUAUCUUAAUGUACAUUUCUGUGGCCAUGUUUCUCACUAAAGAUGAAAGGAUUAGGAAGAUUGUUUGCUUGAAAAUUAAUUGUACAUUGUAUAAUUACAGAAACUGACAAGGUGGCAAGGGCUUACUUUUAAAGUUUGAUGAAUCAAUAGCAUUUACCUCCAACAUAAACACACCAUUUAUAUUGUCACAUUCUAAGUCUAUUUUUAUUCUUAGGUACAUAAAUUGGUGACUAGUUUUCUACAAAUACAGUCCUCAAAUAUAUUCUGUUUCAUUGUACACUGCUGUUCAAAAGUUUGGAGUCACUUAGAAAUGUCCAUAUUUUUGAAAGAAAAGCAUUUUUCCCCCCAAUGAAGAUAACAUUAAAUGAGUCAGAAAUACAGUCGAGACAUUGUUAAUGUGGUAAAUCACUAUUCUAGCUGGAAACGGCAGAUUUUUAAUGGAAUAUCUACAUGGGGUACAGAGGAACAUUUGCAGCAACCAUCACUCCUGUGUUCUAAUGCUACAUUGUGUUAGCUAAUGGUGUUGAAAGACUAAUUAUGAUUAGAAAAUCCUUGUGCAAUUAUGUUAGCACAUGAAUAAAAGUGUGAGUUUUCAAGGAAAACACGAAAUUGUCUGGGUGAACUCAAACUUUUGAACGGUACUGUAAAGGUCAAUUUCUAUUCUUUUAAAGUUGUAUUGUAGCCACAUACAGAUAACCCACUUUCUCUGUUAGAAUUUGGAGUAGUGAGUUGGUGGUAAAGCAUAACCCAUUAGGACACUUCUCAAGUGAGAAUUUGGCACUCUGAGGUCCACCAGUUAGUGUGUUUUUUUUAAUUAUAAUUUAUUCAAAACACGCUUUUCACAGGAUGUCAUACCUGUUGUAGUUUUUUAUACAGGGUGGAAUAUUCUACUAGUAUAUUCCUUUCUAAAAGUAAAUACACUGUACCGUUCAAAUGUUAGGGGUCAUCCACACAAUUUCAUGUUUUCCAUGAAAACUCACACUUUUAUUCAUGUGCUAACAUUAUUGCACUAGAGUUUUCUAAUCAUCAAUUAGCCUCCAAUUAUCCUUUCAACACCAUUAGCUAACACAAUGCAGCAUUAGAACACAGGAGUGAUGGUUGCUGGAAAUGUUGCUCUGUACUCCUAUGUAGAUAUUCAACUAAAAAUCAGUUGUUUCCAACUAGAAUAAUCAUUUACCAUAUUUACAAUAUCUAGGCUGUAUUUCUGAUUCAUUUAAUGUUAUCUUCAUUGGAAAAAAAUGCUUUUCUUUCAUAAAUGAGAACAUUUCUAAGUGACCCCAAACUUUUGAACAGUAGUGUAAAUGUAUACUAUUUACCAUAAUAUUUAUUCCUUUGAGUUUAUAAAGCAUGGUCGAGAGCUUCACCAAUAACAUAUACUACCCCAGAAUCUAAGAACUCUAAAAGUCUUGCUGAUUUCAAUUCCAAGUUUCAUCAUUGUCCAUACUUGUUGUCACAGAUAGCUUUGUUGGUUUUCUUUGUUGGGCCAUCUUCAUUUCCUCUUGCAAGUCUGGUAAUAUCAGCGUCUUCAUUCAUCUUUGGUGGGAGAAGAAUACUGUUAGCUUUGUAAUAUUGAAGUCCUCACUUAUAUCAACGAUUCCUCUGUCGGUUUUGCCCUCAGAGGGACUGAUGACAAUUUCUCUGAAUUAUGACAACAGUUAAUGGGCUUUUUUUCAUGAUCCAGCUGCUCUUCCACCUGACUGAAAAUCAUGCAAAUCAAGUCUACUUCCCACUGACUGCAUACUGUGACUCCAUCAAGUGUACUACCCCGUGAUCUGGUAUUCAUUAUCAUCAGUCUAGCUUUUUCCUUUAAAAACAAAAACAACAACAAAAAAAGGGCCUGCAUUAGCUAACAAGUUCAGAUAUUCACAGGUUGUUUGAAUCGACUUCACUUCCCUACCAGCAGGCACAAAUAAAAUCUAUAAAGUAACAGUAAGGUGAACAGAUGAGGAUGGUUUGACACAUAAAAUCUAAAAAUUACCUUCCCUGCUUGGUUAGCUUCACUUUGAUCAAGCACCUUAAAAGCGUGUUUGAAACCAAGGGGCAGAGAGUGAAAAGAACAACCAGGUGAUAAAGACGAACAGGAACCAGACUCACGACCUCACAUUCACUGGCUUGAAUGGAAAUUAUUGCACUUGAGCUAUUUUCACACCAUUCACCUGUCAGCAGAACAGAUGUCUGACACAAAUGUGCUCUAAAGUCACUGUGCUGUGAGUGGUGUACAUGUGUACACUUUUAUAGUGUGUUGUGAGUGACAUUAUUACAGGCAUACUAGUAUACAUAAGGGUAUAUAGUAGGAUAGGGUAUAUAAAUACUGAAUUAUGUCAAAUAUCUUUUUGUGGUAUCAUGUGGGGCUAUUCUGUUAUCAUGGUACUAUUUUCGCAUUACUUGUCAUUAAUAUGCCAUCUCAUGAAGUGUUAAAUAUGUGUCUUUUCUGUCUCUCAUUUUCCCCACCAUGCUGUGAGGGGCUUAGGAGUUUGGAAACUAUGUACAUGACAAAUCCUCAGGUGCCUUACAGUUUGAUUCUCAUAGGACUGAGUGAAUGUUUUGGGCUGCGGUAUGUGAAAGGACUGCAACACCUCUUAGAGUGCAGGUUUGUCCAUUAUACCUUUCCAAAGGGCUGGAAACUGGGCUGGGUGGACUGCAGAGUUCAAAAUGAAUUUAUAUUUGACAGAUUCAGACGUCCUACUGUAAUAAACUUCAGCACAACACAGUUUGGAGAAUAUUAAAGGAGGGUUUGCUAACAUUUUUUUUCCUCUAGUUAAAUAUUUUGUUCAGAUUCUGCAGCGAUUCACCGUGAUGCAGCUACAUUUUCCAAAAUCAGUUCAUGUUAUGACAGUAGAUGAGACUCCAUUUGAAAACAUGAAUUGUGGAAAAUCAGUGGACAUGACAGUGUUAAAUGCAACAUGUCAGAGUGCAUGUCACAUUCAUCUCAGUUACAUGCACAGUACCGUUCAAAGGUUUGGGGUCACUUAGAAAUGUCCUUAAUUAUGAAAGAAAAGUAGUUUUUUCCAAUGAAGAUAGCAUUAAUCAGAAAUACAAUCUAGACACUGUCAACAUGAUAAAUUAUUAUUCUAACUGGAAACAGCUGAUUUUUAAUGGAACAUCUACAUAGGAGUAUAUAGGCCCAUUUCCUGCAACCAUCACUCCUGUGUUCUAAUGCUACAUUGUGUUAGCUAAUGGUGUUGAAAGGCUAACUGAUGAUUAAAAAGCCCUUGUGUAGUUAUGUUAGCACAUGUGAUUUGUCAAUGAGAGCAUAAAAUUGUCUGGGUGAACCCAAACUUUUGAACGGUAGUAUAAAAGAUCACUUACAAAAAAAGCUUAAAAAGGUUUGUUUUCUUUUUUUCUCCUCCUAGUUGUGAUAUUGUAAUCUCGUGAUGUUUUUGCCAUUUUGGCACCUACAUCUACAGAAUCUGGAGACUGACAAAACUUGACCAGCCAAAAAGUGCAAUAGUGUUUUCAUACAAUGACAGGCAGGCUCACCUACAGCUAUUUACCUCACAAUUUAGUGUUUUAGCAAACAUGGUGUAGUAGGAGUCGUUGUAAUCUCCACAGGAACACUUUGUCAUGCCUGUGUACUAUGCAGCAGUACUUCUGUCGGGCUGCAGAGCUUGCAGGCCCCGGUGCAGAUCACUUUUCAUUCACAGCAGAGCACUGAAAGCACCAUGUUCAUUGUGCUAUAUACUACAAGAGCAAAAAUGCGUGGUGUCACUGUCAUCCAAAUCUAAUUCAGUUCAUCCGUCAGUGCUUAGUUAGGAUUUACUUUAAGCUGAUUUAAAAUAAAAUAGUAUAAAGAGAAAGUCAGCAAACCUUCAGUAAUGCUCUAAAACAAUUCACAUGGAUGUGAUACGUUAGAGUUCCUUUACCAGGGUCAAUUUUCCUUACUUAGUCACUACUCAAGACAUCUGCUACUCUUUGUGCAACACAGUUUCAUACUUUAGACUAACACCAUUUAAGAGCUGUCCUGAAGAGAAACCUCAGAGAAGUCUGUAUAGGUGCUGAAUCAACCAACUUCUCUCCUUGUACUUUUCCAAAAUUUUCUUUUUAUUUGCUCUUUUGUUGUUUAUUCUGACAAUCAGCACACACCAAAAACAUCAAAUGCACACACACUAUAACAGCAGUGUCAUGGGACAUCCUCAAGAGAAUGGCCUGAGAAUUUCCCUUCUCUGUCUUGAGGAUCUUUACAGUCUUUUACAGUCCAUUCAAUUUUCAUUGAAAGUUUUUCUCCUUGUUUCUGAUACAGUUGCACUGCAAAGAUGUCUUUCUAUUGUUUGCUCUCUCUUCUCAUAAAUCAUGUAACUUUUUUACUGACAUCAGUGUUGCCUGUUGUCACAAGCCAAACAGCAGUCAAGUAAAUAUGGACCACAUCUGAUGUCAUGCUUUCGCAAACUCUGGGCCGUGUGAGAGAGGAUCUACUCUUCAAGCAAUAAGCCAAAUUUAAAUAUUAAGGAGGACUUUUCAUCAUGCUCUUUAGAUAUCUGGUUUGCUCACAUCUGAGGGCUGUUUAGGCGGUUGCUUAGCUGCUUAAAGUAACUGUUUAACAUUCAGGAAAUAUGCUUUUUCACUUUGUUGCUUAGAUUUAGAGACACUGAUCUGUCUUUGUAGAUUCUCAGUCAUCCAGGUUAUGGUAUUCCUAAAUGCUUCAGUAUGGAGGCAGUUGGACUUCUUUUUGAGUCUUGAAGGAUUUUUACCAUUAUCCAAGUGACUUCUUAAAAUUUAACUAAAAAUGUGUCCGUUUUUUUUUUUCUCACCCUCAAGUCACUUGUCUAUGGCCAAGAACUGAGCCAAGGCUCAAAUGACUUAAGGUUUGAGUGGUUGUGAAACUGGGGCUGAACAAUGGAUUGGUGGUUAGCACUGUCACCUUACAGCAGGGGUGUCAAGAUCCGUUCCUGGAGGGCCACUAUCCUGCAUGUUUUAGAUGUUUCCCUCUUCCAACACAGCUGAUUCAAAUGAUCAGGCUCGUUAUCAGGCUUCUGCUGAGCUUGAUGAUAAGCUGAUCAUUUGAAUCAGCUGUGUUGGAAGAGGGAAACAUCUAAAACAUGCAGGAUAGUGGACCUCCAGGAACUGAGUUUGACACCCCUGCCUUACAGCCAGAAGAUCCCCGGUCUGUGUCCCUUGAUCUAUCUAAAAGUAGUUGACAUGUUCUUCCUGUGCAGUCUGGCUUCCUCCCACAGUCCAAAAACAUGCUGAGGUUAAUUGGUAGCUCUAUAUUGUCCAUAGGUGUGAAAGUGAGUGUGAUUGUUUGUCUCUAUAUGUAGCCAUGAGAUAGACUGGUGAACUGUCCAGGGUGUCCAGUCUUCACCCUAAAUCAGCUGGGAUUGGCUCCAGCCCCCAGUGACCCUACUGAGGAUUAAGCGGUGUAUAGAUAAUGGAUGGAUGGUUGUGAAACUGCUUGUGGAGAAUCUCUGAGACUUCUUCCUCUGUUUUGAGAUGCUUAUUCCAGUUCCUACACACCUCUCUCAUAUCUGUUGUCUUGGACAGCAAUAUCUGUGAAACAUUCUGGACUACCACUAAUCAGACAGUUACAGUGCAGCUCUGAGAUCUCUCUUUAAGCAGUUUCAUAGCCAUUCAUGCCUUUAAUGAUGUGAGUAUUGGGUUGUCAGUGUGCCAUGACCCGUGUGAUUUGAAAAUAAGAUUAAAUUAGUGGGACUCCCUACCAGUCAGUUAUAACUGAGGAAACCUCUUUUUGAAAGAAAGAAGAUCUGAGAAGUUAAACGUGACCACUCUUAUUUUUGUCUAACUACAACCAGAAGCACCAUAAUGCAUGAAUUCUGGGGACAUGCAGCUGGUAUAUAAAUCUACACCCAGGAAAUGGUUCGCUUAGCUGAGCCAAAUAAACUAAAAACAAGUUAAACAGCUUGUCUAUCACACAGCAAAGUUUAAAACCAUACAUUGUACCCAUGGUAUGGAGUAGGCAAACAAAAUGUAAUGAUCUUUAGAGGUGCUGGUAGGAAGAUUUUAGGUUGUUAUUGACUGUAGAAUCUUCAUUCAAUUUUGUUCUAAACUGCUCCAUUAAGGCGCUACUGUAAGACCUACUUCAGGAUAGGUACCUCUGAGCGGCCCUGAAAAAGAGCUGUGUCAGUUUUGAUGCAAAUUGGUUAAACUCGGAGAGCACAAAUGCUGAUCGGGUAAACUCAGAAAGGACAAUAGCCUUUUAUUCUGCUGUCUUGAUGUCGUAGUCCUCUCAUUAAGGAGGCUUCUCUAGUUCUCAGUGAAUAGUUGGGAGCCCCAGGUACAGAUUGCCAGCCCCAAAUCACUUGACGAAUGGUCCAUUAACAAUCCAAGACUCACAUUCUUCUCGCUGUGAAUGGUUGUGAAACUGUAGGUUGAGGGAGAACUCACUAUCUCAAGCCUGCAUUACAAGGACCUGAUAAAUGGUAUGAUAGACCCCCUCCUCUGUUUACAGAUGGCUGUUCCUGUCAUACAUGGUUUCCUUCACCCAGUUCAAAUGGCCAACCGGGCCUUCUUUGGCGUUAGUAAGGACAUUCUCCACCCAGCUCUGACAGGUUCUGAUAACCUCCACUUUAUAUUCCAGUGGGUGGUGCGAGCGAAACAGCAAAUAUUGGUGUAAACUUUCUGUAAACUUCAUUGUUGAGAUUUCUGUCCCCCUCAAUGUGCACAGCUCAGUCAGUAUUAGCACCAUUUGCACCUUGAUUCAUCCCUCAGCAUGCACUUUCACAAUCAUUGGGUUGUAAAUGGACUAUUAGCCAUGUAAUUUGAGGGGGAGAAUGAAUACCUGGGACCCUCCAGCAGCCAGUUAAAACUGAAGAAGCCUUUUGGAAAAGAGCUGAAGCAUCUCAACAACCCAAAACAGAAGUCCAGAUGCCUUCUACUGAAGCACUUAAGAUUACCAUAACCUGGAUGACUGAAAAUCUAUAAUCGUAUAAAUACAAUUUGUUGUUGCUUUGAUGCAUUGCGUGUUAAUGUUACAGUCAAAGCUGUCGGAUCCUACGCCCCCAUGGAAAAAGAAAGGCUUAAAGUGUCCAUUAAGUGGUCAUUCCUGUAGGCGUCUGGAUCCCCAUGUUUCCAGUCUUCAUGCUAAGCUUACUGCUAACUUCAUACUUAUUGCAGUGGCAUGAAAAUACUGGUGUUAAAUGAAAACUUUUGCAGGCCACAGUGAGAUUUACAUGUACCAUUUUAUCGUGCUGGUUUUAGGUUGAUUUUAGUAUUUCCUUGUAGCUUCAGUUCCACUCUGUAAUAUGGGCUUACGUCAGUGUAAAUGGCUCAGCAGAGCCUCUGAAGGAUAGUUACAAACCCCUGCUUGUCUCACAGUAAUUAUUGCACAUACUGUCAGAUUUCAACCAGAGUCCCAUGUUGUCCACAUUUGCAUUUUUUUUUUCAUUGUGUACUGCUGUAUAACUUGGGGGUGAAAAUGUUUAUGGGUGUUUGGUUAUUUUUCAUUUUUUAAUGUUUUAUGAGGGGAGAGAGCAGUCACAGUUUUGUUUGCCUUUGGUGGAGAAUUGUCCUGUGUUGUGGCUGUGGGUAGAAAUAACAAAAGGCCUUUUAUGGGUUUUGGAAAGUGAUAAGAGAAAAAUUUGAUAGCAUAAAAGGUUUGUGGUUAGCUUAAAACUAUUUUGAAAUCUUAGAUAUAUCAAUAAUGAGGAUAAAUAUAAUGCCAAAUAUUCAGUAUUUGUACAGAAAUAUACAUAUAUAAAUAUAUAAUAUAUGCCUAAUUUAAAUGGAACUAUUUUCCGCUCUUGACCAUGUUUCUGUUGUUUAACGUUCCUUUGUCCAUUCCUUUGUCAACAUUAUUUUAUAAGAUCUUCAGAUAGCAUGCAGGAUAGUGAAAAUGAAUGUAUUAUUUAGUGUUUCAUUGCUGGUCAGUAUUACAGCAUUCUACAGAUCAGAUUGUGUUUGUAAGAUUAUUUUAAGAUGAGGAUUUCAUUUCUAGAUUGGUUUAUCUACAAAUGAAUUGUAAACUUUCUUUUCUAAAUGCAAGUUUUGAAAUAGUUUCAACAGUUUAUAUCAUUUUAUUAUUUUCCCUGCUCUAUCAAUGUCGUUCAGUAUAUUUUGCCUCUUCUAAGUACUGCUAUCAACCAUCUGUUGUAAAUAAUUAUGCAAAUUAAACUUUUGGAAGAAAACAG